GUGCAAUGUUUCUGCUUUAUUGGUAGUUCAAUACUUUGUGUCUCUCCCAUAUCCAGAGUGCACGUGAACGCAGCAGCAGCAGCUCAUCUGUUGGACAGGGAAACUAAUCAGGAGCAAAGUAAAGACUUUUCAACACUGCGAGCUAAUAGGCUAGCGCGGCUCCUGAGUCAGCCGUCACUACGAAAACAUAGCAGAGACUUUGUUUCUGACAGACAACCUCUCCUCCAGACUGGAAACAACUUUCGAGCCAUGUUAUAGAGGGAAACAACAGUCGCUUCGUUGCGCGUAAAGUAUAAAAGCGACCUGCCUCCGGACAGUCGCGAGCGGCGGGUGGCUAGCUCCAUAACGUUAGCCGGAGAAGAAGUAACGGCUUAAAAAAACAUGGAGCUGGACGACGUAGUCCUCUACCAGGACGACACCGGGGACUCGGACGUCAUGUCCGAACGGGUCGCCGGUUUGGCCAGCUCCAUUUACCGAGAGUUUGAGCGGCUCAUCGAGAGGUACGACGAGGACGUGGUGAAGGAUCUGAUGCCGCUGGUGGUCGGGCUGCUGGAGAACCUGGACUCGGUGUUCGCCGCAAACAAGGAGCACGUCGUGGAGCUGGAGCUGCUGAAGGAGGACAACGAGCAACUGGUCACUCAGUAUGAACGAGAGAAAGCGCUGAGAAAACACUCUGAGGAGAAAUACAUUGCCUUAGAAGACUCUCAAGAUGGGGAGAAAAAAGAUCUCCAGUGUCGACUGAUCACUUCUGAGUCCCACGCACGACAACUAGAGCUAAAAGCAAAGAACUAUGCAGAUCAGAUAAGCAGAUUUGAGGAGAGAGAAGCAGAGCUCAAGAGGGAAUACAAUGCUCUUCAUCAAAGACACACGGAGAUGAUCCACAGCUACAUGGAGCACCUGGAGCGAGCUAAACACCAGCAUGCAACAACACCAUCAGAGCCGUCAGAUUCAGGAACAUCAACUAAACGACGGAAAGAGCGCCCCAUCUCCAUGGUGUUCCAACUUCCUGGGAGCGAUGGCCUGUCCUCUGAAUACCAGAGAGACGCUGCUGAUACCCCGUCUGAACCAUGGAGAUUCAACAACCUCAGCCAUCCACAGUCCAACACCAGCCUUAAGCUUGAAGAUAAUUUUUCUCAAAUCAGAGCUGAUGAUGGAAGAAUAACACAAGGACAUUUUCUCUGCCAGGUACAGAGGAUUUGCUAUGGAGAGGAGAAUUUGGAGAAGUCUGAGCUUCAGGCCAUCAUAGAUUCGACUCCUGAGCUGGAUAUGGACUUUGAUGGCGGCAGAGGAACAAGCACACCAACUAUAGGCGGCAUAGAGAAUCCAGCCUUCGGCCGAAACAACGAUUCUUUGUUUGACGAGCUGGCCUCUGCAGGGAACGACACGAUAGGCGACGUGGACGAAGGAGCCGACCUACUUGGUAUGGGUCGGGAGGUUGAACAUCUCAUCCAUGAGAACACCCAGCUGCUGGAGACCAAGUUAGUAAUAACCACACUUUACUUUGUGAUCUCUCACAAGAGGAAAAACAAAGACCUAGAAGAGGAGCUGAAGAAAGUUAAAGCCCAGCUAGAGGAGGCCAAACAGAAGAUUAAACCUGAAAACGAGGACGAUAGCGAUGUGCCCACAGCCCAGAGGAAACGCUUCACCAGAGUGGAGAUGGCCAGAGUCCUGAUGGAGAGGAACCAGUACAAGGAGAGGCUGAUGGAGCUGCAGGAAGCUGUGAGAUGGACCGAGAUGAUCCGUGCUUCUAAGGAGAACCCCGCUCUUCCAGAGAAGAAGAAAUCCAGCCUCUGGCAGUUUUUCAGCCGUUUGUUUAGCUCGUCGGGCGGAGCGGGAAAGAAGCCGGCGGGGGACGCCCCGGUGAACGUCAAGUACAACGCGCCCACCUCGCAGAUUCAGCCAUCCGUCAAGAAGAAGAGCAGUGCCUUGCAGCAGCUUCCGGGUGACAAGAGCAAAGCCUUUGAUUUCCUCAAUGAGGAACCGCCGCCUGAGAGUUCGGUGUCAAGGCGAGAACAGAAGAGGGCUCAGUACAAACAGGUCAAAGCUCACGUCCAGAAGGAGGACGGCAGAGUGCAGGCGUACGGCUGGAGCCUCCCCAAGAAAUACAAAGCUAAUGGAGGUCAGGCAGAUGGCAAGAUGAAGAAUCUACCUGUUCCAGUCUUCCUCAGGCCGCUGGAUGAGAAAGAUCCGACUAUGAAGCUGUGGUGUGCUGCAGGUGUGAAUCUGUCUGGUGGAAAAACCAGGGAUGGAGGUUCCAUAGUGGGGGCCAGUGUGUUUUACAGCGACACAUCAGGUGCAGCGAGCCCCAAAAAAGAGAAGGGCUCUCAGAGUAGCCUGGAUCAGCUGGAUCGGGAGCUUAAGGAGCAGCAGAAAGAGUUGCGUCAUCAGGACGAGUUUUCCUCUCUGGUGUGGAUCUCCACCAGCACCCAGUCCAACUCCAACGUGGUCGUCAUCGAUGCCAACCAGCCCGGAAACAUCCUGGAGAGCUUCUUUGUUUGUAAUUCGCACGUUUUCUGCAUCGCCAGUGUACCCGGUGCGAGAGAAACAGACUAUCCUGCCGGGGAGGAAGUAUCCUCAAACACCGAGCCAGGACCAGUGGGAGAUGGCGGACCAUCAGCAGCCAAUAGGAGCUCAGAGGGCGGCGAUAGCAUUCUUGGAGGCAUCACGGUGGUGGGCUGUGAAGCUGACGGAGCAGUAGCUGUUCCUCAGACUGCUGAUGGUUCAGAUUCCAGACCAGCAGAAGAAGCCAUGGAGGCGAUGGAGACCAACGCAGGAGGCUUUGACCACAGCGAGAGCCUGAGAGGGAUCUACACAGAACACGUCUUCACAGAUCCGCUAGGAGCCCAGCAGACCAGAGAGACCCCAGCUAACUACUCCCAGAGAGAGAGCGAUCUGCUUAAAGAUGGAGUGAGUUCGAACCCCAGCGCAGAGGAGCAGGACCUGAUGAUCGAAGAGGCUCAGAAAAUGAGCAGCGUCCUGCCCACCAUGUGGCUGGGGGCCCAGAAUGGAUGUGUGUACGUCCACUCGUCUGUGGCUCACUGGAAGAAGUGUCUCCAUUCUGUAAAGCUGAAGAAGCCCGUGCUCGGCAUAGUACAUGUGAAAGGUCGGGUUCUGGUCAGCCUCUCUGAUAGCACCGUGGCCAUUUUCCACAGAGGAACAGAUGGGCAGUGGGACCUGACCAACUACCAUCUGCUGGACCUGGGGAAACAGCACCACUCCAUCCGCUGCAUGACCGUGGUGCAUGACAGGGUGUGGUGUGGUUACAGGAACAAGAUCCAUGUGGUGCAUCCCAGAGCCAUGAAGAUAGAGAAAUCCUUCGACGCCCACCCCCGUAAAGACAGCCAGGUCCGUCAGCUGGCCUGGCACGGCGACGGGAUCUGGGUCUCCAUCAAGCUGGACUCCACUCUCAGGCUGUUCCACGCACACACACACCAGCACCUCCAGGACAUCGACAUCGAGCCCUACGUCAGCAAGAUGCUCGGUACGGGCAAGCUGGGCUUCUCCUUCGUAAGGAUCUCGGCUCUCAUGGUGUCAUGUAACCGUUUGUGGAUCGGGACCGGUAACGGAGUCAUCAUCUCUAUUCCUCUAACAGAAUCAGCCAGCAAGGUAACCAAGGCAUCAGGAAACAAUCCGGGAGGUGUUGUCCGCAUCUAUGGAGACGACAGCGGCGACAAGGUGACGGCAGGGACAGUGGUUCCUUACUGCUCCAUGGCUCACGCUCAGCUCAGCUUCCACGGUCACAGGAAUGCGGUCCAGUUCUUCACGGCGGUUCCAGGUCAUGCAGAUCCGUCAGCAUCCAGCGCAUCAGACACAUCAGGAGACAAAUCCACUGAUGGUUCAGCUCAGGAAGGAAGCAGAUCCAUGUUGGUGAUGAGCGGAGGAGAGGGUUACAUUGACUUCAGAAUGGGGGACGAGGACGGAGAAGCAGACGAGGCAGAGGACCCCACCAUGAAGCUACAGCCCUUCCUCACCAAAGGAGAGCGAAGCCACCUCAUCGUCUGGCAGGUCAUGGUUAGCGAGGACUGAAAACAAGCCGGCUAGCCUCUGCAGACAUGAUUUGCCUUUUUUUUUUCCUAAACCACAGAAACCCAGGAGUCGUCGAAGGCACCAGAUUAAUCAGCACUUAUUUUUUGCUUCCUCAGUCUUUGGAACGAUGGAAGCAAAACUAGCAAAAACUGCUCUGCGAGCAUUUUUCUCUCUUAACCUUGAACGCAUGGAGUUUCUUUGUCCUUUUAUUUUUUUAUGCUUCAGAUUCGAAACAUUUAUUUUUGCCUAAUGUGUUUCAAUUUUACUGGAGGUAAGGUUGAUGUUUCUGCUCAGAUUACAACCUGAGCUCACUCCAGACACGGCUAAAGCUGCAUCUGCUGUUCAGGGGUAGGAAAACUGUCGCCUUCAUAAGCUUUCCUCUAAGAAUGUUAGACGGGGGAGUUAAUCAUGUGGGAUUCUCUAUCAAAUGUUUUAAAAGAACAUCUUCUAUGUUUAAGAAGAACAUCUUUUAAAGCUCAACAGUGGAAUCAUCUUUCACUUGUGUGAAGCUGAUGCUAUAUUCAAUAUUUUCAUCAUUAUUUGCUAAAUAUUAAUAAGAAUUUAAUUAAUUCAAGUUUCAAACAGCCCAGUUUGUGCCUCAGAUAUCAGCACAGAUUCUUAUCCAUUUAGCCCUGGAAAAAAACAACAGCCAUCAGUAUUUCUAAAACUUAGUUAUAAUUUAAUAAAAUUCCAUGACUUUUUUGUCAUGUUUACAUUGUUAUGAUUAUGCAGCUUCUAAACGAAAGCCUCUUCUGGAAGGUGUUUUUGAAAGGCAACAAAAACUUUAUCCCAGGACCCUUAAUAAUCUGCUCUGAGACCCAUUAACUGGAUUAGAAAGUUCACCAUAGGGUUCUGGUCGUGUUUGAUGAAACACGGAUCGGUUUUUCAUUAUCAGACACAAACGACUACUGUCUUUAAUCACUUGGAACGCUCCUGAGCGAGAAAUAUAAAAUUAUUUGGACUAGCGUUGUUAAGGAUGUGAGCUUUUAAUGUGUUUCCAAGCUGUUGUGUUGAACCAGGUGGAAAUAAAUUCUUAUGAAAAGGGUUUUGUCAUGAAAUUGAACGGUUAGCGUUUCACUGAGAGGUGCCGUAGCCAUUACAGUCUCCGUUCCCCUGUUAUCGUCGUGAAAAGAUGUUGGAUUUUUGAAACGAGAAAAUAACCUUUGUAGCCAAUAAUGUAGAUUUGGAUGCUGCAGACGCAAAGAUAAUGAAGCACGAGGCAAACGGGGUUCUGUGAGCUGCUGGCCACUU